CUUAGGCUCCAGAGAGACCCUGCCCCAGCCUCCAGGAUUUCCCUGUCCUGCUUUGCAGCUGGUAGAGCCUGCCUGCAAGUGCUGAAUGACCUCAGGGACCUGGAUGCAUGUCUGCAAAGCCUCCUGGGGAAGCAGCUGCAGGAGAGCAGCCACCAGCAGCUCCCAGAGCAGGACCCACCUCCAGGGCACAGAGCUGAGCCUGGCAGGUACCUUGGGUCCAGGGAAGCCUGUGUCUCUCCUACAGCGAUACCAGCAGCCAACACCACUCCUCUCAGCAAGCACCCAGUCCCUCUGGCCUUGCCUCUUCUGCCCCACCCAGCCUCUUUCUCAGUGUCUGUCUGCUCACUACCCUCCCUGAAUGGCCCUGAUCCAGGCCCUGCACCUUUGCCUCUGGACCCUCUGGUGCCCCCUGACACAGACACCUCUCCUGACAACCUCACAGAGAUCUCUGCACCCCAGUCCUCAGCCUCCAGCUGGACUCGCUCUGUCUCGGACCUCGGGUCUCCCCAGAAGGAUCCCAGCCCUAAGGGGUCCCCUCCACACACCUUGCUGCCAGCUGCUGCCAGCAGAAUCCUCUCAGGCCAGGGCCGGUCCCAACAGCCUGUGUCCGCCCCAUCCUUGUGGCGGGUGACAGCCCAAACCCUGACCCUUGCCCAGGCCGAGGCCCAGCAAAGGCCCCUGUCCCAACCACCCCCAGGCCUCCCCUUCUGGAGAAACCCCGCACCCCAGCAGGCCCAUGCUGGGGGCCGGCCCUGGCUAAGCACAGAAGUUCAGAAGGUGCUGGAUCUGCUGCUCAGCAGGAAGGCAGAGCUGAGAGUGUGGGUGGACAGCCCUGGGCGCUGGCAGACUCUGGCCAUACCAAAGUGCCCAGGUGACCAGCAGGACGCCGGGGGGGACCAGUGCUGCUGGGACAGGAAAGGCAACUCAGAGGAGCCACCGGGCCAGAUCCAGCCUAUGUCCCCGGAGAUUGCAAGGUCCCCCCCCACACAGCAGUGCCGGCAGCUCUUCUGGGGACACCCCAAGCUGCACAGUGAGUCCCUGGUGGCUGCUGUCAGGCUGCUGUCAGGCUCCCCCCACGAGCAGCCCCCCCAGGAGCUGCAUUUCAACCAGCUCUCUGGGACACUGCCCAAGCAGGAGCCGGUGCCCAGGGGAGCAGCCUCGGCCCUGGCAGAGCAUCAGCCUGAGCCCAGUCCUGCAACCCAGCCCCAGCUCUGGGCUCCAGCCAUGAACAACAUCUUGCUGCCAACACACACUCUGCUGCAGCCCCAGACAAGGGCCCCACCAACUCCCAGAGCCCUUCCAGCCUCCCCACCGCCUCCACCUCUGAAGACUCUGGGGGGCUCUGGGGCCCCGUGCCACAAGACAGAGCCCUCUGCCCUGCCGGCAGACAUGCCCCACAGGUUGCUGUUCUCCAUAGACCUGAGGGGCCAUCGGCCUCAGCUCCCAGGCUCCAGGGAGGCCCGGACCAGGAGGGUUCCCUCCCAGCCUUCUGUAUCCCAGGGCCAGAGUGGCCAGGAAGCACAGAAGAUGGGGACCAGGGCCCCACCCCUGCACUCCUUUGAGAAGGCCCUGGGCCAGGGUGUGGGGCAGAGUGUGGGGCAGGUGGUGAAAGGCCUCCAGAGCAGGGCAGCCAGCCUCCGGCUGCAGGUGCCACAAGCAACCUGGAAGAGGACCUCAGGGAGGCUCAAGAGGCCCUGGGCAAGGGGCCACCAGAAGCAGCUUCCAGGACAGAGUCUGUGGGCCCUUGAGGGCAGGAAGGUGGAGCCCACAGAGGAGGGGCAGCUCCCAGGGAAUGUUCCAGGAUCCAGCUCUACCACCAGCAUGGCCGUGGCCCUUCGUGCACAGUCGGUUGCAGGCCAGCAGGCCAGAAGCAUCCUCUCCUCCAAGGGCCUGGAGCCCUGCACGCUCACACCCCUGCAGUGCUCUGUGCUCACCACGCAUACGUGCCAGGUGCUGGAGAAGCAUGUCACCAGGCUGUGGGUGAGGCACAGGUGGCACUUGCCCCUCAAACUCCUCAAGCCCCUCAGGUGCUUCAGGGCUCCUGGGCCUCAGCUCCUGGCCCUUCCACCAAGGGAAGGGCCUGUGCACCCCGGCACUCCUUGCCUGGCAUCGAGAUCCCACUCAAAAGCCUCCUCAACCAGGUGCUUGGCAGAAGCUCCUCCAGACCAGCUAGGAGGAAGGGUGAACACACGCAUGUCACCUCAAGCCCCCAACAAGGACAGUGCCUUCCCAGCCUCAUCAGCUGGGCAAGGGGACCCACAGGACACCUUCACGAAAGAGUCCCCGUGGGUGCUGCGCCAGGGUUCCUCAGUGGUACCUCUGACUGGACAGGGGACCCGGCCACCUGCAGAGACCGCCCCAUGCUUCGUGGGGCGGUUCUGGCAUAGGGCAAAGGGGCCUGAGGCCCUGGAAGAUGGCCUGCAGCCAAGUUCUACACCAGGCAUGGCUCCCAGCAAGCAGAAACUGUACCCAGCACAGUCUGCCCAGAGGGGAGCAGGACUGGAGCUCCACUCAGGGCCACAAUCUGCCUGGGAUGAAGAGGACAAUGACGCAGUCCAGGUCAGGGAGGUCCCUGGCUGGGAAGGCCACCUGGAACCCACAGGCAGGGCAGGCUGCAGACAGAGGCAGCAGGAGUUCGGGCAGCCCCUGCGCAGAGCACAGCCCAAGAGCAGGGCAAGACAUCAAAUCUCAACUGCCAGAAAGAGGAGCUGGCCUGCCUCAGAGAGGAGCCGCCAGCUCCCAGCAGGCAGGUCCUGUGCCCUCCUGCUCAGCCAGGACCACGAGCCCCCAGAGAGCCUCCCGCCUAGGAAGACCAGGCAGCUCGAGCACAUGGCACCUGAGCAAGGCAGAGAGCCUGAGGAGUCCCCCUACACAGCCCAGCCUGUUCCCACCGCUCCCCAGAACCACCACUCACAGAGCCACAGCCCCUUGGGGCCAGAGGGCUGUGCCCAGGCAGAGGCACUCACAUCUGCUGUGGGCCACUAUCUGGAGCAGCAGGUGGCCCUCCACCGCCACUCUCCCAAACUUACACUCCCAUGGUGCCACCAAGAACGGCGGGGGCCUCAGCAGGGGCCAUUCUGCUCCCACAAGCUGUUCUGCAAUGACAAGCAAAGCAAGAUCCCCAGUGGCAGCCACUCAAGACACCAAGCCACCCUCCACGGCCACAGCUGAUCUCUCAGCACCAUGGGGACCUGAGACCGGGCUUUGUGCCCAGGACCGGGGAGUCCCCAGAUGUGCCCACAGUAGUCACAGGAUACGUGGGUCUCAGGACAUCCCUUUUGCUGUCCCCUCCCCCCCACCUCAGUUGGCCAGGCACCUGUCACCCUCAAAAAUAUUCCUAUUCUGUUCUUUUGGAGCUCUCUUCUCCCACCUCCCCUUUUGUGACCACUUUUGCACGAGAGUCAUCCCCUGCGUGCAGACAGAUGGGCUGCUCUCCCCUUAGGGCGAGCUGCCUCCUCCCACACCCUGCCCACACCACCGCCUCCCAGAAUAUAUGUGUGUUCACACAAAA